AACGUCAGAGGAAUAUGCAGUUUCUGUUGCAUCUGCGUAUUUCAUUGUAGUUGAAUUCGCAGCACAGAAACAUAUGGGAAAGAAAUACAUGAAGCAGACCUGCAGGGUUCAGAUAUGGGCUUGUUUUUAUUCCUGAUUGAGAUUUAAAGAAAUUCUAAAGGACUGCAGGGCUGCAUGUAGCUGCAGAUGUCAGUGCUUGAUCUCUGAUCCAGCCUACGCUCUUGUGACAGAAACAGCUUUCCAGGGCCCCUGAAAAGCGCUUUUCGUGGCUGUUGGAGAAACCUUGAAGGAAGGGCAGAUGGAGCCAGGACUAGAAGCCAGCGGCUAUGAGGAAUGCAGUGUAGCGGAACGGAGCUGUCCCGUGCAGAACGCCAGCGGCUGGGGACAGAUGCACGACGCGGAGGGGAGAAGAUGCCGCGGAGACCGUGCAGCGGCUGGGGGCAGCCAGUACGAGCCCAGCGGCAGCGCGCGGAUGCAAGUGGAAAACAGCUAUUGCCAGGCCCGUGCAAGGCGCAGGAGCUGUCGGCGCGGAGAGCGGAGGCGGACGAUGCACGAGGGAGCUCACUAUGGUGGGCCCAGGGGCUGCUGUGCAAUGGGGGAGCGCCGGGCUCUGCACAAGGUGCAGGGGGGCUGUGUGGUGCAGAGUAAUGGAGGAGGCGGGAAUAGGCGGGUUCAGGGGAUGCUGACGCGCUUUCCGCAGCUGUCUCCUUCCCAGAAUCAGUCGCGCCCAGUUCCCGCCUCCGCCCGGCCCCAGCCAAUGCUUUUUCCGCCGCGCAAGAACUGGAAGCGGGUAGUGGGGUGCGGGCAGGGGAAGGCGCUGGCUGGGAACCCGGGAUCUGGGGCCGGAAGAGACUAAUGAAGCAGAAGUCAACUGAAUCUCCUAUGUAAUACUGAAACACGAUGACAUUGGUGCCUGUGGGAUAUGGAAAUCAUGACAGUAUCUAACAUGGUUGAGAAAGACAUGAGUGGACAAUGUGGCCCAGUUUCUGUAGACUACAGGUUUUCUGCAUGAUCCUGACAGUGUUGGCUUUUCUGCUGUUGGUCUACAACUUCUGUCAGUUAGAGCACUUGGAUCACAACACUGUUUCGGCAUUAAAUUGGAUAAAGGAGACCGGUGACCAGCAGUCUUCAUCACCAACAACUAAAACUACCCGAAAGCAGUACUGUGAUUAUGAACAUCAAACUUUGUCCAAAAGAGAACAAGCUGAGGAGGAAUCCUUGUUUGCUGCUAUACAGUGGCCAAAUCCCCCUGUAGGCAAAAUCCCAUUUAUAAGAAGCACUGAUCCUGCCCACAGCAAUUUUGUGAUUGUGAAUUCCCAUGUGCGCUUCAAGGUGGGAGAUCAGUUAGAGGUGCGUGUCCACAUGAAGGAUUUUCAAGGCAAACCAAAACAGUAUGGUGGAGACUACAUACAGGCGAGAAUUCACUCUCCUCUAUUGAAAGCAGGAGCAAUGGGAAGGGUUGUAGAUGAUCAGAAUGGGUUUUACAAAGUCUUUUUCACUCUACUUUGGCCAGGGGAGGUCAGAGUAUCUGUGUCUCUGGUCCACCCUAGUGAAGGGAUACAAGUCCUGCAGCGCUUACGGGAAGAAAGGCCAGACAGAGUCUACUUUAAAAGCUUAUUCAGGUCUGGUAGCACUUCAGAAACCACUGUAUGCAAUGUGUGUUUGCCUGGAAAUCUGCCUGUCUGUAACUUCACAGACCUCUACACUGGUGAGCCAUGGUUCUGCUACAAGCCGAGAAAACUGUCCUGUGCCAGCAGAAUCAACCAUGCCAAGGGAGGAUAUCAGAAGGGCCUUCUGACACCUUCUGAGAGUCUCUUUUUCCAAACUGAUGUGAAUAUCAAAGUGCCAGUACUUCCCAGUGGCCCUGAUUCAGUGACUGUAGAACCCUUAGGACUUACAGAAUCAGCCAAUCUGGACAGAUCUCAGGGCCCAGCUGUUUUCCCUUUGGGUUACUAUUACCAAGACGAGUGGAGACCAAGAACACAUUGGAUCCGUCAUUUUAACAAGACAGCUGAUAUUAGUGAAUGCUUACAAGGAAAAGUAGUCCACUUCUUUGGCGAUUCUACAAUAAGACAGUGGUUUGAAUAUCUGACCACGUUUGUUCCAGAUGUAGUGGAAUUUCACCUUGGGAGUCCUAAAAACGUAGGUCCUUUUAUGUCCGUGGACCUGAAGCACAAUGUCCUGCUGAAGUUCCGCUGUCAUGGGCCACCCAUUCGCUUUACCACUGUUUUCAGUAGUGAGCUACGCUACAUUGCCAAUGAGCUGAAUGGCAUUGUAGGCGGAAGAAACACUGUGAUAGCCAUAACCAUAUGGUCCCACUUCAGCACCUUCCCUGUGGAGGUGUACAUCCGAAGACUGAGGAACAUUCGCAGGUCCAUCAUUCUACUGCUGGAUCGCAGCCCCAAAACUCUGGUGGUCAUCAGAACAGCCAAUGUUCAGGAGCUUGGGCCAGAAGUGAGUCUCUUCAACAGUGACUGGUAUUCCUUUCAGCUUGACACAAUCAUGAGGAAGAUGUUCUCAGGAAUUGCUGUGUUCUUUGUGGACGCCUGGGAGAUGUCUCUGGCCCAUUACUUGCCACACAACUUGCAUCCACAGGACAUCAUUAUUAAGAAUCAGAUAGAUGCAUUCCUGUCUUUUGUUUGUCCUUCAGAUACUUAGCACAGUCAGUGGAGAGGAGCCCCAUGACAUAUAUAUCAUGUUUUGCUGUGGCAUAACCAAAUCAUUCUCUGUCAGAGCUAUAAAAUGAAACUACAGGCAAACUGUAUGGUUACUGUUCCCACAUGUGAUCUCAGUUGUUUGGCCAUGGAGACAGAUGAUUGCAAGUGGCAGUAAGGAGGAAUGGACUAAUUCUGACCACUUUUAUAUCUUCCUGUAGGGAUGGUUCCUCUUGACCUUGUAAUUUGCCUCAGAUUACUAGGGUGCUCCUUAAAUCAAAACUACAAGACUCACUACAGAAGUACUUAAAUUAUUAGCUUUAUUAAUUGUCUGUCUGCACUGCAUGAAUAUUCAUACAGCACUGAUUCAGUUCCCAAAGUCCUUUCUCACCAUCCAGAGUACUGUGUGAAACCUGGGAAGGAUUGUUUGGGAACAGCCUUCCUUUGGUUGUUCCAAAGUUGUAUUGGGUAUCUAGAACAACCAAAUAUGUUUCAUAUUGUGCUUCUGAGAUUGAAGUAAUCGAAAGUCCUAAUCAGGAGUCUAAAGGGAAUGUCCCAAAACCACUGGAUCAGUCCAGGAAGCACAACCUAAAAAGCCUGCAGAAUUAUCAGAAUAUUUAUUGGAUGUGUCAAUAUUGAUACAGCCAAUUAAUCAACCAUCCACAAUGUUUACAGAAUGGCUUCUAAAUAAUACAGAUAGCCAGCACCAGUAGUAGGUAAUUUCUUCAGCAGCAACAACAACACUGCGAUAACUCAUUGGAAGUUUGAUAUUAAAAUGUUUGUUUUCCCUUCCUGUCAUGUGCUCACUCUGUUUUACUAUUUCAUAGCUUCUUAUGAGACCUGGGUUUCUGUUUUAUAUUAAAGAAUAUAUUUGUUUUGAGGGGGAGGAACACGCAGAAUUACAUGGACUUCACAAACAGAUAAGAUGGGGGAGAGAGUCAAAUUCUGAGCCUACAACUCUUGAUGGUGUCACUAUAAAUUCUUGCUCUGACCGAUCUUUGUUCUUCCACUUUUAUGUUGGGCAUUCUUUGCACUAUUUUCAUAGCUGCCAAAUCUGCCAGUUAUACGGGAUACAAAAUACCUUCAGUGUUGCCCUGUGUACAGAUACUUGGUAAAUCCCUCCUGAAUUUCCAGUGUUACAGCUGACAAUUUAUUGCUGAGUGGCACUUUUAGAGAAGGGGUUAAUAGAUUUGCACAUUGUGCUUCUUGUUUUGAUUGGACCUGGUUACAGUGUAAGUCCCACUUUGAUUUAUUGGCUUGAUAAAGUUCAAUUCCCAGAUUAAGCACUAGCGAUGAGAUCUUCAGAACUCUGCUCCCAUUGAAACCAAUGGAAAUUCUACCAUUGACUUCAGUGGGAACAGAGCAUUGCCAUCUUUCUCUUUUUGUAGCCCUUUUCUGCCACAGUCGUGCUCCCCUGUUGCUGUGCAUCAGGUGUGAGCAGAGUCCUAAGUAGGAUGUCCCCAUCAGUGCACGUGCAACAUGUCUGUAAUGAGAGCAUGCUCAUGAAUAUGCUGGAAUGAGUCACACACGCAGCUGUGAUCUACUUGCUCCUCAUCACAAACCAUAGCAAGGUAGGAGAAGAUUCAGCUUUAGAGUUUGAGAUGUGAAACUAGCUUGGCACUCAUCGGCCUCUAAACCCCAUAAAUCAGAUUAAAUUAACUUGGCUGCCAGCAUCAGAUUUACGGCAGCAUGGCGAGGUAGAAAGCUAUGCUAGCAGUGCUGUGGGAACCUCUCUGACAGAGGUUGUGUGUUAUCUGUGAUCUGUAGGGAUUUUGUUGCCUUUAUUUAUGGUAGUACAAUGUUGUCAAGGCUGAAUCGAACUGUCUCUGAGGAUGUCAGUCCUCCUUGUGCCCACCAGAAAGUGUCUCCUUGAAUAAGAGACCUCCUUCUAUAACAAAUCUGGACCUGUUAGAAGAGCUGAGAGACGAUAGGUUGCUCCGUGCCGCCAUCCAAGCUCCCUCUCACAUCCACUUCCUGCUCUGCCUGGGAACUGUUCCCUUGAUGCUGGAGACAUUAGUUUGUCGCUGGGUUGUGGACUUGGGCUUGGUCCCACUGGAAGUGAUGCAGGUGAUGUGGUUGUCUCCGUUGAUUGUGAAUCACUCUCCACUGGUGCACUUCGUGGUAUUUCAGGCUCCAGUUGAGCCUCUUGCGCCGGUUUAGCUGCUGCUGCAGGUGCAGGCUCUGUGGUGCCCUUUGGUGCUGGCUCCCCUGACUCUGGCGGGGUUGCAAGCAUGGGCUUUGGUGCUGACUGCUCCACCAGUUCUGAUCCUUAGGCUAGUUCUGGCAGAGUUCCAGGAACUGGAUCUACAACUGCUGCCAUGGACUCUGGUUUGGGGUCUGGUUCCACCACCUCUGGCAGGGUUCCUGUAGGAGGCUCAGGAAUGGAGUUAGGUGUGGAGGCCUGUGUAGCCUGGCUUCGGGUGACCAUCCCCACCCUUUUUGUUAGCCUCACAUGGUUGGCUAAGUCUUCUCCUAGCAGCAUGGGAAUGGGAUAAUCAUCAUAGACUGCAAAAGUCCACAUCCCUGACCAGCCCUUCUACUGAAAAGGCAACUUGGCUGUAGGCAAGCUAAAAGAGUUGGCCUUAAAGGGUUGCACCAUCACUUGGGCCUCUGAGUCGAUGAAUUUAGGGUCCACCAGGGAUUGGUGGAUAGCUGAUACCUGUACACCAGUGUCUCUCCACGCAGUAAUCUUCCUCCCUCCCACACUCAGUUUCCCUUCACUCUAGGGGUAUUUGCGAGGCAUCUGGGCCUGAAGGCUCUUGGUGGGACUCCAGGGUGAUGAGUUGUAGUCAGCUGAUACUCUUGGGGCAGUUGGCCUUCACAUGCCCCAGCUCAUUACAUUUAAAGCAUCGCCCAGCUGACUGUGGGCUGGGGCGAGGUUGGUGGUUGGAAACUAGGUUGGUGGGACGAGUGGGUAUCUGGGGUCACCUUGGCUGUGUGGAGGGCUCCUUGUGAGGUGAGGCUUUGGGCUGACCCCGAUGGGGUGCUGUCUCGGGUUGCCCCUUCUGGUAUCCGCUCCAACUGCUACUAGCUUUCUUCUUCUCCGCCACCUCCACCCAUUUGGUUCUGAUCUCCCCCGCCUCAAUUAUAGUUUUGGGUUUUCCUCAGGAAUACCCUCUAAGAACUGCUCCAUUUGCAUUAGGAGAGACAGAUUUUCCAGAGAUUUAACACUUGCUCCUGA